AUGCGCACGCCACAGGAGGACAUGUUCGGUCUCACCCAGGAUCAGGCGUACGCUCUGCUGACGUCAGAGAAGACCGACGAGCUUCUUGAAACCAUCAUAUCAGCGUACGAGCGGUGCAAGCGGCACCACGACUUUGUGGUGAUAGAGGGCACGUCCAUGCGUGACGGCACCAACACCUCGCCCCUCAACGGCCUCAUUGCCUCGGCCCUUGAAGCCCCUGCCCUGCUGGUCUCCGAUGGUCGUGCUGCCUCACAGUUCCACCCCAAGCACACCGAGUCAGGCGGGGUGUUUGAGGACUGGGACUGGGAGAAGGAGGCAGCAGGGUGCAUCCUGGACCAUGCGCGCAUCAUGAGGCAGUCACGCGUUGACGUGGCAGGCGCGCUCAUCUACCGCAUGCCCAAGACGUCAAGAGGCGCGGCACGGCUGAGGGAGUACAUCACACGCGCUCACAUCCCCUUCGUGGGGGCCAUCCCUGAAGAUGUCUCACUCGAGUCGUUCCAGGUGGAGGACGUGGCUCGAGUGCUGAACGCGCACGUGCUAUACGGCGACCUGCCUCACAGCAACAACAUGACCACCGAAGUCACGCGCACGCUCGUGGCAACGCUGCAUCUGGCAGACAUGCUCUCCUACAUCCCGCCCUCCGAUGACCCAGGCAAGGGCGUGCUGGUUGUGGCACACGCCAGUCGCCCGGACAUUUUACUGGGGAUGAUCGACCUGCAUGAGACGCACCUCAGCACCCAGGUGGCAGCCAUGGUACUAACUGGAGGCUCGCCUCCUCCCCUCGAAGUCGACAUGCUCAUUCGGAGCCGGCCGACACGUGUGUCCCUCCCAGUGCUGCUGUCCCCCAAGGCCACACACGACACGUGCAUCGCCCUCACCAAUGCACAGCCGGAGCUGCACGCCACGUCGCACCGCAAGAUUGAACGAGCCGAGGUCAUAUUCCAUGAGAACGUGGACAUGCGCAUGCUGCACCAGGUGUUAUUCAAGGAGCGCCCCCUCCGCAUGAACCCCAAGCUCUUCCAGCACACCAUAUUUGACAAGUGCCGAGAAGCACAGUCCCACAUCGUGCUGCCAGAGGGAGCAGAGCCUCGGACCAUCCAGGCAGCAGGGGAGGUGCUGCGGCGGUCGCUAUGCCGGGUGACGCUCAUAGGCCAUCCCGAUGAGAUCAUCACGGCAGCCAAGCAGCUGCGUGUGGACGUGUCUGGUGCUGACAUUGUCUACCCGCCCUCUGCCCCCAACCUGGACCAUUAUGCUGAGCUGCUGUAUCAAGCCCGCAAAGACAAGGGCGUGACUCUGAUGGAAGCCCACGAGCACAUGAUCACGGACCCCAACUACCUGGGUACAGCCAUGGUGGCAGCAGGCGAUGUGGAUGGCAUGGUGUCAGGUGCCGUGCACACCACCAUCGCCACCAUCCGCCCAGCUCUUCAGAUGAUCCCUAAACUGCCCAACACCGCGAUCAUCUCGAGUGUGUUCUUCAUGUGCCUGCCUGACCACGUGUACAUCUACGGUGACUGCGCCAUCAACUCCAAUCCGACGGCUGAGGAGCUCGCGAUGAUCGCCAUCUCGUCAGCCGACACUGCAGCUGCCUUUGGCGUGGAGCCGCGUGUGGCAAUGCUGUCCUACUCCACCCUGGAUGAACGCAAGGAAGACACGAUAGUGCAGAAGGUGGUGCGGGCAACGCAGCUAGUGAAGCAGCAGCGGCCAGACCUGCUGGUGGAGGGACCACUGCAGUACGACGCUGCUGUCAACCCCAUGGCCGCCCACAACAAGAUGGACGGCAGAGAGUCCGACGUGGCUGGCAAGGCCUCGGUCCUCAUAUUCCCAGACCUCAACACAGGCAACAACACCUACAAGGCCGUGCAACAGGCCACAGGAGCCAUUGCCAUGGGACCAGUGCUGCAGGGGUUGAGUCGGCCGGUGAAUGAUUUGAGCCGAGGGUGCACCACAAAGGACAUCGUGCAUUCGGUGGUGUGGAACUGCCUCGGCGAGAAGCUCGGGUCAGGUUCGGUGGACCAAACCAUCCGCGUGUGGCAAGUGGAUCCCAGCGGCCAAUCAAACCACAGCAAGCAGCGCGAGGUGGAGUUGAGGGGCCACAGUGAGAGCGUGGAUAACCUGUGCUGGGACCCCCUGCACCCUGAUCUGCUUGCGUCUGCUUCUCAAGACAAGUCCGUUCGCAUCUGGGACACAAGAUCUGCCAGAUGUCAGCAGAGUGUGACUCUAAAGGGGGAGAACAUCAACGUCACGUACAAGCCCGAUGGCACGCACAUCGCCGUGGGCAACAGCGCGGACGAGUUGACCAUUUUGGAUGUGAGGAAGCUGAAGCCAAUCCACAAGCGCAAGUUCACCUAUGAGCUGAACGAGUUUGCAUGGGACCGGACAGGCUCGAUUUUCCUUGUCACGACUGGCACAGGCGCAGUGGAAGUUUUGGGUUACCCCUCCCUGCAGACACUAGACACCCUGCACGCGCACACAGCAGGAGUGUAUUCCCUGGCCAUUGACCCCCUUGGCAGGUACUUCGCAGCGGGCAGUGCAGACGCACUGGUCAGCCUUUGGGACAUGCAGCACAUGCUGUGUGUGCGAACCUUCACACGCCUCGA